AUGAUUACUCCAAAAUUUGAAUUGCGGCAGGAUGCUGAUUUUGUUUAUUUAAGUAUUCAAGCUCCCCAUAUAAAGGCUCAAAAUGCUGAAAUUGAAGCUAUGGGAUCAGAGAUCCACUUUUGCAUUGCUCCAUACUUUCUGAAACUAGAGCUUCCAGGGAAUGUAUUAGACGAUGAACGAGCCAAUGCUUCCUAUGACAUUGGAAAAGGAAUGAUACAUAUAAAAUUUCCAAAGGAGAAUUCUGGAGAAGAAUUUCCUAAUUUAGAUUUAUUAACAACUUUGCUUGCGAACAAAGAAAAGCCAGAGGCACCUAAAAAAGCAUUGAUUGAAGAAGUAAGCGAUAUCCCAGCUGCGACAAGUACCGAAGGAGAUGUACAAGCAAACGAUGUUGAUCCAGAAAUUGACUGGAGAACUGUUCGCUUUGAUGAUCCCGACUUUGACUGGGGUUUGCUUCAAAGAAUGGAAGAUAAAAAGAUGGAAUAUACAUCUACAGUAAAUUAUGGAUUCAACGAUCAAUACACCGGGUUGCUUAAGUACUUGGAGGGAAAUGAAAUAAAUGUGUUGCCAGAGCCAGAAAUUACGGACCCGAUACAGAGGAGCGAAAUUCGAAAAAAAACGGAAGAUGAAAAGUUUGAUCCAGAGUACUAUUUAGCUGAUUUUCAUGAUCAUGAGAUGAUUGAUGAGUUGAUUGGGUACACUCCUAGUUAUGUCGAAUUGUCCAACCGUGCUAAAGCCGGAGACCCAAUUUCUUUUGAAUUCACGGAAAAUGAAAAACAAGCUUUACUAUCCCUUCCGAGAAAAUCGUACAUAAUCGAAAACCCAAAACGGAUUUACCUUAACCUGGUGGCACUGAUUUUCGCAUAUGCUUAUGAUCAUCGGACAACUUUAGGUGAUCCUAGUAGUGAAUCUAGCUGGAAUAUCGGAAUAAUGGCUCCUAAUGUUGCAUGUCUUGACACAAAUUUUUCUACCAUCCACGAAGUAGCCUGUGCGUGUUUCCGUCGAGCCUUGGCAUAUCCUUUGUAUCGAAAUUGGAAUUUAGCAGAAGCCUGCUGGAAGGACACUUAUGCCAUUGUCAGUUUAGGAAAGCGAUGGAUUUUGCGCGUUUUACUUUGUAUAAAAGCUUUAUUUGAACAUCAUGAUGUAUACUACAUCUACAAUACCAUGAUUAUUAAUGACUAUGCUUAUUGGAUACAAACAGCAAAUGACAACGUGCUAGAAGCUCUCACUUAUCAGGUUAUGGAAUAUAUGCCAAAAAAGUCUGAUAUUGGAUGGCAAUUAGAGGACUUGGAAACAGAGAGUAUACAACAAAUGGAAACAUAUGAUGGAGAGGAUUAG